AAAUACAGAAGAGAAGAGGGAAAUCGUAUAGUAGUGGCAGAAGCAGUUUAGGGUUUGUUCCGCCUGCACAGAGUUAGAGAAAUUAAAGAAAGGACAAUACAAGAAAUGGAAACUUCAGAGCCUCAACUGCCCCCACCACCUCCUUCGCCCACGAAUUUUACUCCAAAAACACUUGCAGUCGCCAAACGUGCCCCAAUGGAACGCCGUGGGUUUGCUACUAAUGGCGCAAAGAUUCAGCUUCUCACAAAUCACUUCAGAGUAGGCCUGUCGAACAAUGAUGGAUGCUUCUUCCAGUACAGCGUUUCCCUAACAUAUGAGGAUGGAAAUGCAGUUGAUGCAAAGGGUGUUGGGAGGAGAGUUAUAGAUCAAGUCUAUGAAACAUAUGGUUCAGAGCUCGCGGGAAAGCAUCUGGCCUAUGAUGGUGAUAAGACAUUGUUCACUCUUGGUGCAUUACCAGGAAACAAGUUAGAAUUUACAGUUGUGCUGGAUGAUAUAAUGUCUAACAGAAACACUAAUGGUGGAGCUGGUAGCCCCGAAGGUGGUAGCCCAAAUGAUAAAGACAGGAAGAGAUCAAAGAGGCAGCCAAGGUCCAAGACGUACAAUGUGGCGAUAAGCUAUGCAACUAGAAUCCCAAUGCAAGCCAUUGCUGAUGCUCUUCGGGGAAAGGAGUCUGAAAACUUCCAAGAGGCUGUCAGAGUGUUGGACAUCAUACUUCGGCAGCAGGCUGCUAAACAGGGCUGCCUUCUUGUGCGGCAAUCUUUUUUCCAUAAUGAACCAAAGAACUUUGUUGACCUUGGCGGUGGAGUUGCUGGGUGCCGUGGGUUUCAUUCAAGUUUCCGUGCCACACAGGGAGGCCUAUCAUUGAACAUUGAUGUAACCACUACCAUGACUGUCAAACCUGGGCCAGUAAUUGAUUUCUUGCUAGAAAACCAAAAUGUCAAACAUCCUCGCGAUAUUGAUUGGUCAAGGGCUAAGAAGGCGCUGAAGAGCCUCAGGGUCACAGUUAAACCCUCAAAUAGGGAACACAAAAUAACUGGCUUUAGUGAUAAGACUUGUUCAGAGCAAAUGUUUACGUUGAAGAGAAAUAUUGGAAGGAAGGAUGACGGUGAUGAAAGUCCUGUUGAGAUGACUGUUUAUGACUAUUUUGUCAAUCACCGAUCUAUACACUUGCAAUAUUCUGGAAACUUUCCAUGCAUCAAUGUUGGGAAGCCUAAAAGGCCAACUUUCAUUCCCAUUGAGCUUUGCUCCCUGGUUUCUCUGCAACGGUAUACUAAGUCACUCUCCAAUCUUCAAAGGGCUUCUCUUGUAGAAAAAUCUCGACAAAAGCCUCCAGAGCGCAUGAAUGUCUUGAAAGAUGCACUGGGCCGUAGCGAUUACAAUAGUGAUCCUCUCCUUAAGUCUUGUGGAAUUGUAAUCUAUAAUCAAUUCACGGAAGUCCAAGGCCGUGUUUUGCAACCUCCAAAGUUGCUUUAUGGUAAUAAAGAGGGGUUCUUUCCACGUAACGGAAGGUGGAAUUUCAAUCAAAAGAAAUUGGUUCAACCCGUUAAAAUUGAGAAAUGGGCUGUUGUGAACUUCUCUGCUCGCUGUGAUGUGCGCAAACUUUGUAGAGAUCUACAAAACUGUGGACAAAUGAAGGGAAUUAUGAUCAACCCUCCUUUUGAUGUAUUUGAUGAAGAACAACAAUUUAGACGCGCUCCUGCCCCAGUGAGAGUGGAAAAGAUGGGAAAGUUAUUGAAAUCAAGACUUCCCGGCAAACCAGAUUUUAUUCUUUGUAUUCUAUCUGAAAGAAAAAAUUGUGAUAUCUAUGGACCAUGGAAGAAGAUGAAUCUUUCAGAACUUGGAGUUGUGACUCAGUGCAUUGCACCUACAAGGGUGAAUGACCAAUAUCUCACAAAUGUUCUUCUCAAAAUCAACGCCAAGCUUGGAGGAAUGAAUUCCUUGUUGGCAGACGAGCAUUUUUUGACCAUCCCUUUGGUAUCUACUGUACCCACAAUCAUUGUUGGAAUGGACGUGUCUCAUGGAUCCCCAGGGCGUGCAGAUGUGCCCUCAAUUGCAGCGGUGGUGAGUUCUAGAGGUUGGCCAUGUAUCUCUCGCUAUCGAGCUUCUGUCCGUACUCAGUCACCCAAGCUAGAAAUGAUAGAUUCUCUUUACAAAAGAGUCUCUGACUCAGAAAAAGAUGAGGGCAUGUUCAGGGAACUUCUGGUAGACUUCUACUCUAGUACUCAGCAAAGAAAACCAGACCAAAUUAUAAUAUUUAGGGAUGGAGUGAGUGAGUCCCAGUUCAACCAAGUUUUGAAUAUUGAACUUGAACAGAUCAUUGAGGCUUGUAAAUUGCUAGAUGAAAGCUGGUCUCCUAAGUUCACAGUAAUCAUUGCGCAGAAGAAUCACAAUACCAAAUUCUUCCAAAAGAAUUCCCCUGACAAUGUCCCCCCUGGAACUGUUAUUGAUAAUGGAAUAUGUCACCCCAAGAACAAUGACUUCUAUAUGUGUGCUCAUGCUGGAAUGAUUGGAACCACAAGGCCUACUCAUUAUCAUAUUCUACAUGAUGAGAUUGGCUUUUCUCCUGAUACACUGCAAGAGCUUGUCCAUUCAUUAUCUUAUGUGUACCAGCGGAGUACAACAGCCAUUUCUGUUGUUGCGCCGAUAUGUUAUGCGCACUUGGCUGCUGCACAGGCUGGGCAGUUCAUCAAGUUCGACGAUUUCUCCGACACUUCCUCCAGUCACGGGGGAGUAGGCACACCUGGUGCAGUUCCAGUCCCUCAACUACCAGUGUUGCAUGGCAAUGUUAAGAGUUCAAUGUUCUUCUGCUGACUUGGUGCCUAUGGCAUACCUUUUUCUACCCCUUCUGGUUUCCCACUUAUUUAAUGCCUUCUUGGUUUUGCUGACAAACUCAAAUGUCCCUAUUUUGCUUACGGCAUGUUUUCUAAAUAUAAUCUUUUGCUCAACAAACGGAAUUUGUAAAUAGUGUUUUGGUUGACUGCAAGUCAAAAACCUUUGCUUUGGAA